AUAAUUCUAUUCAAUAAUUUUUUAAAUAAUUAUUUAAAUACUACUUAAAAUCAUUCAUUUUCGUAAAGAAGGUUCGAGAACUUUCUCGAAUAUUGUCGUGGGUAAGACAAAUAAAAGCGCGCUCGAGGUACCCAUUUUAACCUGACCAAGUUUACCCUACAGUAUUGACGUCGAGGCUUUUGCGUGGAUGCUUUUAAUUUAAUGUUUACAAUAAAAAUAAACUAUUUGUGAUUUUAAAUUUGUGAUCAACGAUAAAUUAUUUUCUGCAUUUUAAAUUCAAGUAAAAUAAAAAUGGCUUCUAAAAUUGAUGAAUUGAAACUGGACAUUGAUGAACUGAACAGUCUGCUAUUGCAAGCAAAAAGACAAAAAAUAAAAGAUGUUCUUGCAAUUGAGGUUAGAAGACUUCAAACAGAGCUGACAAAAUUGAUGGAAGUUUCGAGAAAUGAUGAAAACAAAACUCCAAAACCUCCAGUUACCAAUAGUUCAAAAUGUUAUGAAGUUAAACUGACAAAUUACGCAUGGGAUCAGUCAGAUAAAUUCAUAAAACUGUACGUCACUCUGAAAAAUGUUCAGUCAUUACCCAAAGAGGCCGUAUAUUGUGAUUUCAAGGAGAGAUCAAUGGACUUAAGAGUUAUGGGAUUGGAUAAUCGAAACUAUCAGCUGCCUAUUUCCAACCUCUGUGAGGACAUCGAGCCAUCAAAAAGUUACGUGAAAGUUAAAACUGAUAUGAUUGCUGUGUUUUUAUCUAAAAAAGCACCGAAAAAUUGGUCCCAUGUGACUGGAAUUGAGAAGAGAAUAAAGGAGUCGAAAAAUGCUGCUCCGAACGCUGAUAAUUCCGACCCGGAAGCUGGGCUCAUGAAUAUUAUGAAGAAAAUGUAUCAAGAAGGUGAUGAUGACAUGAAGAGAACUAUUGCCAAAGCAUGGACUGAAAGCCAAGAGAAAAAAACUGCCGGUUUUGAUGAUUUCCCAUCAGUAUAAAUUUAAAAAACUUUUAUAUUACUUUGUUAUAAAAUUAAUUCAAAUUAUUAACUAUCGAUUAUUAUUUGAAUUAAUAAUUUAAAUUACGAAUGCAUUUUAAGGCCAUUCUCAGACAGUGCCACCCACUUUUUUAAAAUAUUCAAUGACUCAACUGUCAUCGUAUUUAAAUUUUCUUAAUUAAUUAAAAAAAAUAUAAAAAUCUUAAUUGGAAAGAACGCAGUUACGAUUUCACUGAGAUAUGGAAUUUAAAAAAAAUUACUUAGUUGUUAUCAAUUAGGAGUUUAACAAAAUUUGAAUUAUAAAAUUGACAUGUAAAUUUUACUGAAAAUUAUUUUCCAAAUUUCGUUUAACUCCCAAUUGAUAUCAAUUCUAAUUAUUUUUUAACUCUGUCUCAGUGAAAUUGUCUAUUUUUUCAAAUUUUUUAAAUCAAUUGUCCAAAUUUUGAUACACGACAAUUGAGUCAUCGAAAAUUUUUAAAAAGUGUGGGCACUGUCUGAGAAUGGUCUCAAUUAUUAAUUUAAAUUUUAUUACUUUGUUUAAUUUUUUUACUUUCAUAAAAUAACGCAGCUCAGAAUCGGAGGUCAAAUCUUAUAGUUUUUUUUUUUCUAAAAAUAUUUUAAGUAUCAUUUUAAAUUUUAUUAUUCUUUCAAAGGUCAGAGAUCAAUCUGUACAAUAUAAUAAUAACCUUCGUGUAACUGAACUAUUAUUACAUCUAGAGCGCGUAAUAAAAAGUCAUAUUUUAAAAAUUAAUAUGUUUAUCUUUCAAUGUUGAAAAUAAAUAAAUAAUUUUAAGAUAAUUAUUUAAAGAGUGAUAUUUUUUACAUGACACUGCCGCUAAUUGUAACCCCAUAACUUCACCCCGUGAACUUACUGUUAAAAUUUAUUCAGUUAAAAAAUAAUUUAACUGCAUGGUGAUUUUUUCUGUGCUGAUUUAUAAUUUUUUUUUCAAAUUUUUCUUACAAUUCGCAUCAAUACAAAGAAUUAUUAAAAAUAAUAAUUACAAUGAUAUACAAUGCUGAUAUUUUCUUUAUUCCGGAGUCAUUACAUCGCUUGCUUACAAAAUUAAAAUUGAUUAAUUAUUAAUUAUUAAUAAUUAAGACUAGUUGUGAUUUUUAAUUAUUUUUUUUUUAUAUGUAUUGCCCUGAGCGGAAAGUUGUCAAUUAUUUAUCGACGAUGAAAAUAUAAAUGAGCGUAUGUGACAUUUAAAAUGUACUUGUAAAUUAAUUUUAUUUACAUAAACUUUUUGCAGGCGACUUUUAAAAAUUUAGCAAAAAGAAUUUAUAAUUAUUAUUUUAUUUAAUAAUUAAUAAAGCUAUAGUUAAUUAGCAAUACUUAAU